AUGGACUAUGUUGUCAUAUUAGAGCCUAGAGUUAGCGGUGUCAAGGCUGCUAGAAUUAUCAAAUCAAUGGGGUUUUCAAACCAUUACAUUGAGGAAGCAUUUGGGUUUUCUGGGGGUUUAUGGUUACUUUGGAAUCAUGAGAAGCUCUCUUUGGAUGUAGUUGAUAGCAGUUACAAACAUAUUCAUUGUAAGGUGGAGUUGCCUGAACAAGUUCCAUUCCUGUUUACAGCAGUAUAUGCUAAUCCUCGUAUUGAGAAAAGGAAGGAGUUGUGUGAUAAAUUUCGUCUCAUUAGUCAGCUGCAUUCUGAUCCGUGGCUUAUUGCUGGUGACUUUAAUGAGAUAAGUUUGAGUGAAGAGAAGCGUGGUGGGGCUCCAGUGGAUACUAGUCGCAUUGCCUCUUUUGUCGAGGUCUUGAAUAAUUGUAGCAUGAUUGAUCUAGGGAGUUCUGGUCCCUUUUUUACUUGGAGAGGGCCUAAGUUUCUACACCUGGAUCGAGUCUUUAAGCGCCUUGACCGUGCAUGUGCAAAUGGGUAA